CUAUGGGGAGCGAAGAAGAUAGCGCAGUGAAAGAGCCACUGGAUCUCAUCAGACUGAGUCUCGAUGAGAGAAUCUACGUCAAGCUUCGAUCUGAUCGUGAACUCCGUGGAAAGCUCCACGCAUACGACCAGCAUUUAAAUAUGAUACUAGGAGAUGUUGAAGAAAUUGUGACCACAGUGGAGAUUGAUGAUGAGACCUAUGAGGAGAUAGUUCGAGCAAACAAGCGGACAAUCCCUUUUCUUUUUGUACGGGGAGAUGGCGUGAUACUGGUUUCUCCACCUCUGCGGACAGCUUAAUGGAGACAACAGUGCACAUUUGGCAGGAUGGUAUCAUGUUUGAAUCGAAUGUUAGGCUCUUGCUAUUAGUCAGUUUUCAACGAUUUCCUUUCGACUUAAAAAAUUCUGUAGUAAUAGACUAUAUAACACAACAGUGCAUUAUGAAUUUCACCACGGGAAUUUGGUUUUUUCAGUUUUUGAACUAUAUAUUCAGUGGCAAUCAAUACACAUCUGCAAAUUUAAAAUGA